UAUCUGUUGUCUGAUAAUGACGUGUCUAAGUGCUUAUCAUCACAGUGACGUGAAUGCAAUGUUGAGUGUAUAAAAGCAGGCACGGGGCGUUGCCUCAGUGUUCACAAUGGCCAGCACCAGGACACAUUUGCUGCUCUUGCUGCUUCUGUCGGCGACGCCGUACAUCCGGGCUCAAGGAGAGGGAGAUACAUCACCAGCAGAUGUAACACCAGGAGAUACAACACAAGGAGAUACAUCACCAGCAGAUGUAACACCAGGAGAUACAUCACCAGCAGAUGUAACAUCAGGAGAUACAUCACCAGCAGAUGUAACAUCAGGAGAUACAUCACCAGCAGAUGUAACAUCAGGAGAUACAACACCAGAAGAUGCAACACCAACAGGUACAAUACCAGAAGACACAACACCAACAGGUACAACACCAGAUGGUGCUGGGAUGGCAUACGUAAAUGUAUUCAUACUUACAGCGCUUUGUGUUGCAGCGAUGAAGUUAUAAGCGGAUUAUACUUGAAAUGAUAAACUAAUUCCGACUUCAGUUUGUUUCAUACAAUGUAAUUUAUACAAAAUUUGUACAAAUACAUGUGUUAAAGUAGC